AUGGGGUUGAUGAACUUCAUUGAGUGGCAUUUCGGCUGCUGUCGCUAUGGGGUCGUGAUCCUCGGCGCAGCCGGGCAGCAGGGCCUCUGCUUGUUGGUGCGACCCAUCAGCAAUUUGCUGGUGUUCGUGGACAUUCAGCGCAACGGUGCAAACGCCAGUUGCACUUUCCGGCUACUCGCUCUUGACGUGCUCGGCAUUUGCCUACUUCCAAGUUCGAAUUUUCACUUCACGGCUUUCUGCACUUGCACGAGGUUCGGCAGCGGUGCUCCCAGAUGGCAUCUGAUGCACAACUACCGUGGCCACUUGGAGCUCCAUGCCCCGUUGAACCAUAACAUGUACCAUGUUAGAGAAAGAGUUUAUUUCAAUGUAAUCCGCGACUGCUCGUGGGCCUUCACUUUACCAGAUAUGAGCACUUUCGCUAUCGCUGUCAAUGGCUAUCGCUUGGUCGCCAACCAACAGUUCGAGACCACUGUUGAUAGUGUGCUUAUCAACUACCGCACUCUUCGAUGCACCUCUGACGACGAGACUAUGACGUUUGCAGGAAGUGCCGCCUGGAACUCGGACUGCUCAUCCUCGCUAGUCACGUCCAAGAACAACGAGGAAACCAGGAUCCGGAGUUUGUUGAACACUGAGCUCGUAUGCAGCGACAAGGCCCUGGCAGGAGUUCGAGCGAUGAUCUUAGUCUUAGUAUUCGACAGCGACGUGAAGAAAGACUGCUGCCUCAUCGAUGCUCUCCGGGCACACGGCUACAAGGUCCCGUACGCAACCUGUGGCCCCUUCUGGGCCGUGGCGGUCAUGGUCCAUCAAGACCAGGAAACGGGCAAGUUUUUGCUCGACCCGAUGAACAUCGCAAGCGCAACAGGGGAUGCAACAAGUGUCCGCGAUGUGCUAGGCUCCGGCUGGGAGACGCCUGACUGCAUGCCAUGGAUGAGUGAUAUGCUGCACAGAGACCUUGUUCGCUACGGCGGCGAGAUCCCGGACCUUCGUCCAGGCCGCACUCUUCCACCUGUUCUUUCCGAGCAGCAGAAGGAAAGAGCUCUGCUUGCCGCAGAACGAGUGCGUUGCAAAGAAGUCGCGGAGCAGGCCUGCCAGGCGAAGACAAAGUGUCCUACCGUGUUCGAGCCCCUUUUCUUUUUCGGUUCUGGCAUUGAAUAUGCUAUGGGGAAGGACCAACACGUGGUCAUGCGACUUCAAUCAAGUCACAUCCCAGCGCUCCCCUUCCUUUCCACGGCCUCGGAGCCAGAGGGCUGGUGGACACCGAUUGUGAUGCAUCCGCACCAUCCAGCCAUCACCAAGCUGGGGUUUUCGCAAGGCACGGAUGCGGUGCUACUUUUCAGGCCGGCAAGCGAUGCCGUUGGCGGCUCUCUGCCGCCUGAAAUCAUGACCAUGCUGCCAGGGUACUUCUUCUCCAACACGUCUUUUUCCAGCAAGCUUUUCGUUUCAUUUGCUGAUAUCCGCGUCAGACAGCUAGCAAUGUUCCUGAUGUUUCCACCACGCUUGGCCUUGGACUGGGUUGCGCAGUCCUUGCACGACCCUGGGUAUCCAAGGUGGUAUGGCUUCCACUCAGAGACACCGCUGAUGGGCGACGCCGUUUUCGAGCUGUGGUUACCGUGUCGAGCAUCAGGCCUGUAUGUAGGCGUUCGAGACUGGCACAAUGGACAUCGCACAUGGCUCCGAGUUGACAACUUGUACCGUGAGGAGUCUACGAUUUCUGUGGGAAUGAAUAACCAAACUUCGCAGCCUCGCCACAGCCACAACAACAUGCUUCUCCUACAGCCGCAGCGCACCCAUCGCUUCUGUGUCCGCUGGAACCAAAGGGCCUUUGAGGUGGGCGUGGAUGGCAAGUUGAUCAUUGCUGCCAACUUGCGAAAUGGUGCCCAAGAUAUAGCGUCGCCUCUUGCGCAAGUUUUUGUUUGGGUUCAUGUGCGGCCCGGUGGCUCUGAGGAAAGGACACGCGUCCGGCCUCUUCCAUCGCCUAUUCAAAGGAAUGCACGUGUGACUUGUGCGCUUUGCCAACGCGAAGAGAGUGUUCUGCUGCCUUGCUGGGCAGCUUGUCCACUUUGUUCGACGUGGAUCUGCAAGGAGCACACUGGGCAUGAACCGCAGCGUCGCUGCCGCAAAUGCAUGAUGCAGCUGCAGGAUUACGUUGGUGGCGGUCCUGGCAGUGACAGCGCUUGUCUGGCCUCCACUAUUUCUGAGUACGUAAUAUUUAUGCGCAUUCAGCACCUGCGAGAUUUGAUCUUAAGGAACAUCCAGGAGAUGGUCACAGAUCGGGCGCUGUGGUUCUCUGUGCCCGAUCCUUUUGAUUUAAGCAUUGACGCUCGCACAUGGAUGCACUAUGUGGAUGCCGUCGAGUUUCAGGCUAGACAAGUGACGUCGCAAGUCGAUAUCUCCAUCAUGCAGCCGAAGCCGCGACAACACGCACUGCACACCUUAUCUGAUGCCGACCGAGCAGUGAAACGGCUUGGUGCUUGGGCACGUUUGCUUAUGUUGCUCAUUCCGUAUCGAGAAGUUGUAUGUUUGCAGCAGAUCUGGUCACCUACGGAUUCGUUUAUUUCAAAGAGAGCGUGGGAGUGGCAUCUGUACGAAAUCAGACAAUCCGUUCUCCUGCUGGAGACGGAGACGCCGCAAACAGUUUCAGAGUUCUCCGGCACCUCACCAAGACGUUUUGAUUUUCUGGCCGGGACAUGCAUGCCUACCCACGAGCAAUGGCUGUUCCUUAGCGAACGCCGAGCUGCUGCCUUGCUGCGACGACAGUUACACAUCGGCAUGGAGUCCCCCCAUGAUUUUUUUUGCUUGUGGGAUCGAAGCCUGAGCCCAUACUGCUGCCCAAGCUAUACGGCUGGGGCGACGUCCAUGAUCCGCUUGCCUCCUUUUGCGUGGGCAGACGUGAAGCCUCCUGUUCUUCCAAGUGCCGCAGACGAGGUCUUGAGUCGCCUCGAGUGCGUAGAUGUGGAGUGUACUCUUCUUGCCCAACUGCAUGGUCACCCGAGAGACAGACACGUGUCUUUCGUUCAGGAAACACACAGCUAUUAUGUGAGAGGAAACAAAAUGCCUUUGUCCGUCACUGGCUUGGUACAUUCCUUUGCUGACGAGUUUCGACCAGACGAAGCUAUUCAGAAGAUGGUUAAUAGUGGUCGAUGGCCUCGGCCUGAAUACUCUCACCAGGUGGCCGACACCAUUGUGCCGUUCUCCGCAGACGAGAUCAAGGUGGCAUGGUCGCGUAACGCGAAGGAGGCAGCGGCUAGGGGAACGUGGAUGCAUUUGCAGAUUGAAGUUUUGCUCAAUGCCGGAUACGUUCAAGAAGAAUGCUGCGUCGAGCUUCAGUUAUUCAAGCAAUUUCUUCGGGAAUAUCCGCUGCCGCUGCUCGCGUUUCGAACGGAAUGGUGCAUUUAUGGUGAGAAUGAGCGGCUGGCAGGCUGCAUCGACUUCGUGGCCAGGUGCUCUAAAGACGAAGUCAUUCUAUUUGAUUGGAAGAGAACCAAAGGCCUGUGCAACAAAUACACCAAUCGAUGGGCAAACAUGGCAGCGCCUGUAAGUCAUCUGGAGGACUGUGCAGGCAAUCACUACCGACUACAGCUGAAUCUCUACAAGUACAUCAUCGAGAAGUACUACAACCUCAAAGUGCGUGCCAUGCAUGUUGUUUGCUGCCACCCAGAUCAAGAAGCAGAAGGCCCCUUUGUGGAUAACGUCCCGGUCAUGGACAAAGAAAUUCACGAAAUCUUGAAGGUGCACGUAUCUCGUGUUGAUUUUGUAGGAGGCAAGCAAGCUUUGCGCAGUGCUGCGGAUAUCAUUGAUGCCUGGCAUCGUCUGCAGCACGGCAUCCAAGUGGAGGAGGCUGUUGAAGUUGCUUUGGUUGAACCAGUUCCUGUAAGAACUGCGGUCAUGGUCAAUGACACCUACGAUUCAGACGAAGAGUCGGGUUUUUGGGGGCCGGCAUUCACAGCCGACGACGAUGCACUUUCUAUCAGCAGUGAGUCUGCAGGAGAAUGGGUUUGCGAUGCCACUGGGUGCUUCAGAUGGGUCAGAGGUUCGCCGCAGCUGUUGGACCAUGGCGAAGAUCAAGAAAGCGUGUUUUUCGUGAGCUCGAUCCCGGAAAAUGCAGCCACGGUGAAUUGCGCCUACGAUUCAGACGAUGAGGAUGUGGACGAGCUCGGAGGGUCCUUGCCCUCUGAGGUCAUGGUCCAUCAAGACCAGGAAACGGGCAAGUUUUUGCUCGACCCGAUGAACAUCGCAAGCGCAACAGGGGAUGCAACAAGUGUCCGCGAUGUGCUAGGCUCCGGCUGGGAGACGCCUGACUGCAUGCCAUGGAUGAGUGAUAUGCUGCACAGAGACCUUGUUCGCUACGGCGGCGAGAUCCCGGACCUUCGUCCAGGCCGCACUCUUCCACCUGUUCUUUCCGAGCAGCAGAAGGAAAGAGCUCUGCUUGCCGCAGAACGAGUGCGUUGCAAAGAAGUCGCGGAGCAGGCCUGCCAGGCGAAGACAAAGUGUCCUACCGUGUUCGAGCCCCUUUUCUUUUUCGGUUCUGGCAUUGAAUAUGCUAUGGGGAAGGACCAACACGUGGUCAUGCGACUUCAAUCAAGUCACAUCCCAGCGCUCCCCUUCCUUUCCACGGCCUCGGAGCCAGAGGGCUGGUGGACACCGAUUGUGAUGCAUCCGCACCAUCCAGCCAUCACCAAGCUGGGGUUUUCGCAAGGCACGGAUGCGGUGCUACUUUUCAGGUAUCGCUCCAACACAGACCGUGCUGUGGAUGGUACUCCUGCAAGUCUUUUUCCAGCAAGCUUUUCGUUUCAUUUGCUGAUAUCCGCGUUGCGCGUCCGUGUCUUAGAAACGGUCAGACAGCUAGCAAUGUUCCUGAUGUUUCCACCACGCUUGGCCUUGGACUGGGUUGCGCAGUCCUUGCACGACCCUGGGUAUCCAAGGUGGUAUGGCUUCCACUCAGAGACACCGCUGAUGGGCGACGCCGUUUUCGAGCUGUGGUUACCGUGUCGAGCAUCAGGCCUGUAUGUAGGCGUUCGAGACUGGCACAAUGGACAUCGCACAUGGCUCCGAGUUGACAACUUGUACCGUGAGGAGUCUACGAUUUCUGUGGGAAUGAAUAACCAAACUUCGCAGCCUCGCCACAGCCACAACAACAUGCUUCUCCUACAGCCGCAGCGCACCCAUCGCUUCUGUGUCCGCUGGAACCAAAGGGCCUUUGAGGUGGGCGUGGAUGGCAAGUUGAUCAUUGCUGCCAACUUGCGAAAUGGUGCCCAAGAUAUAGCGUCGCCUCUUGCGCAAGUUUUUGUUUGGGUUCAUGUGCGGCCCGGUGGCUCUGAGGAAAGGACACGCGUCCGGCCUCUUCCAUCGCCUAUUCAAAGGAAUGCACGUGUGACUUGUGCGCUUUGCCAACGCGAAGAGAGUGUUCUGCUGCCUUGCUGGGCAGCUUGUCCACUUUGUUCGACGUGGAUCUGCAAGGAGCACACUGGGCAUGAACCGCAGCGUCGCUGCCGCAAAUGCAUGAUGCAGCUGCAGGAUUACGUUGGUGGCGGUCCUGGCAGUGACAGCGCUUGUCUGGCCUCCACUAUUUCUGAGUACGUAAUAUUUAUGCGCAUUCAGCACCUGCGAGAUUUGAUCUUAAGGAACAUCCAGGAGAUGGUCACAGAUCGGGCGCUGUGGUUCUCUGUGCCCGAUCCUUUUGAUUUAAGCAUUGACGCUCGCACAUGGAUGCACUAUGUGGAUGCCGUCGAGUUUCAGGCUAGACAAGUGACGUCGCAAGUCGAUAUCUCCAUCAUGCAGCCGAAGCCGCGACAACACGCACUGCACACCUUAUCUGAUGCCGACCGAGCAGUGAAACGGCUUGGUGCUUGGGCACGUUUGCUUAUGUUGCUCAUUCCGUAUCGAGAAGUUGUAUGUUUGCAGCAGAUCUGGUCACCUACGGAUUCGUUUAUUUCAAAGAGAGCGUGGGAGUGGCAUCUGUACGAAAUCAGACAAUCCGUUCUCCUGCUGGAGACGGAGACGCCGCAAACAGUUUCAGAGUUCUCCGGCACCUCACCAAGACGUUUUGAUUUUCUGGCCGGGACAUGCAUGCCUACCCACGAGCAAUGGCUGUUCCUUAGCGAACGCCGAGCUGCUGCCUUGCUGCGACGACAGUUACACAUCGGCAUGGAGUCCCCCCAUGAUUUUUUUUGCUUGUGGGAUCGAAGCCUGAGCCCAUACUGCUGCCCAAGCUAUACGGCUGGGGCGACGUCCAUGAUCCGCUUGCCUCCUUUUGCGUGGGCAGACGUGAAGCCUCCUGUUCUUCCAAGUGCCGCAGACGAGGUCUUGAGUCGCCUCGAGUGCGUAGAUGUGGAGUGUACUCUUCUUGCCCAACUGCAUGGUCACCCGAGAGACAGACACGUGUCUUUCGUUCAGGAAACACACAGCUAUUAUGUGAGAGGAAACAAAAUGCCUUUGUCCGUCACUGGCUUGGUACAUUCCUUUGCUGACGAGUUUCGACCAGACGAAGCUAUUCAGAAGAUGGUUAAUAGUGGUCGAUGGCCUCGGCCUGAAUACUCUCACCAGGUGGCCGACACCAUUGUGCCGUUCUCCGCAGACGAGAUCAAGGUGGCAUGGUCGCGUAACGCGAAGGAGGCAGCGGCUAGGGGAACGUGGAUGCAUUUGCAGAUUGAAGUUUUGCUCAAUGCCGGAUACGUUCAAGAAGAAUGCUGCGUCGAGCUUCAGUUAUUCAAGCAAUUUCUUCGGGAAUAUCCGCUGCCGCUGCUCGCGUUUCGAACGGAAUGGUGCAUUUAUGGUGAGAAUGAGCGGCUGGCAGGCUGCAUCGACUUCGUGGCCAGGUGCUCUAAAGACGAAGUCAUUCUAUUUGAUUGGAAGAGAACCAAAGGCCUGUGCAACAAAUACACCAAUCGAUGGGCAAACAUGGCAGCGCCUGUAAGUCAUCUGGAGGACUGUGCAGGCAAUCACUACCGACUACAGCUGAAUCUCUACAAGUACAUCAUCGAGAAGUACUACAACCUCAAAGUGCGUGCCAUGCAUGUUGUUUGCUGCCACCCAGAUCAAGAAGCAGAAGGCCCCUUUGUGGAUAACGUCCCGGUCAUGGACAAAGAAAUUCACGAAAUCUUGAAGGUGCACGUAUCUCGUGUUGAUUUUGUAGGAGGCAAGCAAGCUUUGCGCAGUGCUGCGGAUAUCAUUGAUGCCUGGCAUCGUCUGCAGCACGGCAUCCAAGUGGAGGAGGCUGUUGAAGUUGCUUUGGUUGAACCAGUUCCUGUAAGAACUGCGGUCAUGGUCAAUGACACCUACGAUUCAGACGAAGAGUCGGGUUUUUGGGGGCCGGCAUUCACAGCCGACGACGAUGCACUUUCUAUCAGCAGUGAGUCUGCAGGAGAAUGGGUUUGCGAUGCCACUGGGUGCUUCAGAUGGGUCAGAGGUUCGCCGCAGCUGUUGGACCAUGGCGAAGAUCAAGAAAGCGUGUUUUUCGUGAGCUCGAUCCCGGAAAAUGCAGCCACGGUGAAUUGCGCCUACGAUUCAGACGAUGAGGUGGGGUUUUUGGAGCCGGCAUUCACAGCCGACAACGAUGCACUUUUUGCCAGUAGUGAAUCUGCAGGAGAAUGGGUUUGUGACGCCAGUGGAUGCUUUAGAUGGGUCAGAAGUCCGCCUCAGCUGUCCUACCAGGAUGUGGACGAGCUCGGAGGGUCCUUGCCCUCUGAGGCCCUGGAGCUUCUUCCAGGCUAUUUUUUCUCCUACAAUUUCCUAAAACACCUAUCCUGGACAUGCAGAGGCAUGCUUCGCUCGGCGCGCAGUCGCGAGCAUUGGCGAGGCCGCAGCUUGUCGCUGCGCGGCCUCGAAUUUCUGGAAGCAUCGGUGUUGCGGGACCUCCAUUUCGCAUUAGAAGAGGCCAGAGUUGUGACUGUGAAUGAUCUGCAAUUGGCUAUGUUCCAUUCGUUCCCGCCGCGAAUUGCGCUGGAGUGGGAUGUAGAGGUCACUUGCUCUCAGCAGCCCGACCGGGUUGUGACCGGAUUCAAGUCUCGUGGUCCGCUGAUGGGAGCGGCGAUUUUCGAUCUCCGACUUCCCGCUUGUGCCAUCGGCCUCUACAUCGGCGUGCGUCAAUGGCAGCACAGCGAACAGCGGGCAUACUAUUGCGUUGUCAACCCUUGGCGUUCGAAUCCAGCGGUGUUCAUCGGCCUCAAUGACGAAUCCCCGCAAGUGCAUCCGCGCAGAAACACGUGCUUGCUGCAACCAGAACGAGUUCAUCGAUUUGGGGUCAGCUGGAGCCGGCGGCAUUUCGAGUUUUCGAUCGAUGGCGUUGGCGUUUCUCGAGCCAGACUACAUGAAGAAUUUCCAGAUGGACCGUCUUCAUUGGCGCAGCUGUCCGUCUUGAUGCACGUGCAGCCAGGCAGCCUUUGGGACGCUAUGUAUCUUCGUCCGAUUGCAUCGCCGAUCGACUGGAACGCACAGAUCAAUUGUGCCAUUUGCGCAAGAGACUGGGCCCUGCAUCCUGGCAACUGGUGCGUUUGUCCGUUGUGUUCCACGUGGAUUUGCAAUGUUCACAAGCUGCGAUCUCCCGCCCGUCGCUGUCCUGUGUGUCCAAACCAGCUCAUGGACUAUUUGGGCGGUGCAUCUCAGGAGCCAGAUGCAGACGCUUCACAAGCAUCCUUCGAAGAUGUCCAAAAGGAACUAGCUGUGACCAUACCAACCUUCUUCCUUCCUGAGGAUGCUGUCGUUUCAGCCAAAAGAAGACGCUUGAUGCCUGGAGCGUCCACCUCUGGUCAAGAGUUCGAUGAUCUAUUUGGUCUGGCGUCGAAGGCGUGCUCGUCCUCCUUGAGUUCAUGUCCUAUUGUAGACGAGCACCAACCAGUGGCAUCCGUCCAACAAGACCUCUACAAGAAGUUCAUGUCCGCUGUUGACCUGGCAGGUCGGAAGCCCUACGCCUUCGUGCCCAAAAUGUUGAGGGUCACAGGUUUCAAACGUUUUGAGACCAAUAAAAUCAUGACAUUUCGGAAUGUCAUGGAAGCAAACUUUAAUUCCAUUUACCGGCGCUGUCUGGUAUGGAAUCCCAAGCCGAUCUUCGUCGAAGACACAGCCUUCGGCGCAGCUUACCCAGAUCCGGAAGCCGAUGGUAGUUUCAGAAAAGAUUCUUCUCAGCGCAGUUUUCUGGGAAGUGGCCCUGCCAUUGCCGCCGCGUUGGAACAACAGCAUGGUUUUGAGUUUCAUCCAGCUGUGUUCAUCGGCCUCAAUGACGAAUCCCCGCAAGUGCAUCCGCAGCAGCCGACCCGCGUCUGUUCGCGCUGCCCAAGCCCGCUGCUGGAAUACGUUGGAGGCAGCAGGAGAGCUGACGACGGUGACUCGCAGUCGUCCUUCAAUGCUCGCCUGGAUGCAGAACUAGCGGAGAUGGACGUGGCAGAGUCACCCGAGGACAGGGCAGAGCAGAAGCGUGAAACGUUGGCGCUGGCACUGACUGAGAAUGCUUCGGAAGAUCAGAGUGAUCUCGCCUUGGCGAGUGUUGCGGAAGCUGCAACCGGCCUGCCUGCGGAGGCUAUCGGUUUUGCCAAAAGAAGGCGCCUCAUGCCUGGAGCCUCCACCUCUAGCCAAGAAUUUCAGGAUUUAUUCGAUCUCACAGUCGCGGCGUGUUCGUCGUCCUUGACUGCAUGUCCUACUGUAGACGAGCACCAACCAGUGGCGUCCGUCAGAGAGCAGGCCAAGAAACAAAUUGCAUAUGUUCGUCUCAGGCAGUCGACAUGGCCGGAGGACAUGGUGCGUUUGACGGCUGCUGCUAUCAACGUGUAUAGAACUCGCCUCACUGACAUUUUCGUUCGAGAUUUUGUUGGUCUCGUUUGGAUUAUUGAAGGCGACAGGUACAUUCGUGCCCAUCGUGGUGUAUGUUUCUUAUACCACAGCGACGGCUCUUUCGAUCCCUACAGCGGCGUUCCGCCGGAAUCCACUUUUUACAGGCUGAAGAAAACUCUCCUGAGAUUAGAGGGCUUAUUUCGACUCAUGUCGCCAGCCACAGAGCGGUCGGACUCUGCAAUCGUCCGGGAGGUCGCCAGAGUGGUGUCAGUCUACAACAGCGUCGCCGAGUUUAUGGCACUUUGCGAAGACACAGCCGUGAUGGCAGAUACCUUCGGGACGCGCCGCAAGUCACGCCCCGAAGAAGAAGGAAAUCCUUCCCCUCACGCAGGUUGGCCCGAAAAAACAGCUUUCAUGCUUUCGAAAGUUUUGGCGCCGCUGCAGAAAGAUUUGCUGGAAGAGCGACGACUACUUCACUUCGUCAUCCAAUGGUGCGAUUCGCCUUCGAACAGAGCAAGUGGAUGUGCCUACCAGGACAUUUCGGUGCUUUAUGAUGUCACACCAGAAGAACACGUGCAGCUUGUGAAGCCGUCACCGAAGAACAACAUCUACGUUAGAAUUCCCCAUGCUCUACAAGCGUCAUUGCCAGAUCCUGUAUUGAAGAAUGCCAGGUCUAGACUUCAGAAAUUUUUGAAGGAGACCUUCUGGAGCAAUCAAGAGUAUUACAAGGCGACUCUCGCUGCAAUCGCCCUUGCAAAACGUGGAGAAAAUAUCGAUCGCUGCUUCAUUGGUGAAUCCUCAGGCGGCACUGGUCAAUCGCUGUUCAGCAGCCAUUUGGCGGCGGUGUACGGGCAUAACCACGCGUUUAUUGAUCCGAAUCUCUUUCAUAAUGAGGAGGAAAUGAGAAAGCAACUUGAGCAAUUUGCUCAUUGUUGGAUAAUUACAGCGCAGGAGGCUCCGGAAACCCAUCGGCAUUUUCAACAAGAUCUCUACAAGAAGUUUAUGUCCGCUGAUGACUUGGCAGGUAGGAAACCGUACGGCUUUGUGACGAAGAUGAUGCGCGUCACCGGCUUCAAACGGUUUGAAACCAACAAGAUCAUGACUUUCCGCAACGUCAUGGAAACCAAUUUCAAUUCCAUUUACCGGCGCUGUCUCGUGUGGAACCCCAAGCCGAUCUUCGUCGAAAACACCGACUUCGGUGCAGCGUACCCGGACCCGGAAGCCGAUGGUAUUUUUGUCAAAGAUCCUUCUCUGCGUAAUUUUCUGGAGAGUGGCCCUGCCAUUGCAGCCGCAUUGGAACAACAACAUGGUUUCGAGUCGCAUUACUCCCGGCAGGCAUGUUUUCAGAUGAUUGAAGACUAUGCCUUGAGCGGUCUCACCGAAAGAAAGAUGAGAGCCGCUUGUGGGCUGCGUGCUCCGGAGGAGCCUACAGUGGAGAAGCAGCAGAACAAUCUUGUGGCGAUUCUGAAGCAGAACGAUGAGGACGAGAAGACCAAUAUCCCGCAGACACGGCUUGAUAAGGCAAAUGCUGCAGCCGUGAAACAUUUCCUCGAAAUCAAAAAGCCAACGGUGAGCAAGCUUUGGUGGCAACGCUUUUCCAAAGCUAAGCUCAGUGCUGACAAAGAAGCAUUCGACGACCUGGUCAAGGAAAGCAUUUUUCUUCCAGUGGAUGCAAAACAGGAUGCAGAGAACUACAUUCCCACCAUACCUUGUCAGCAGAAGGCGCUGGAAGAUUUAUUCGUUGUCGGCUACGAUUCCAACACAACAGUGCUGCGUGAACGUUUGAAUGCCAGAAAGCUUUGGGAUGCAGUACAUAGUAAUCCUGCCCGAACGGCCAAUGCGGAGCUUCUACAGCAUUUUUUUUCGCAAGUGCUGGCAAGGUUGGACUCUGGUCGGGGUCGUCGAUCUACACAACUCAUGGAAUCUUUGUUGCGCUGGCGGAGCCUGUCGAAGAAGCUACGCAAGCAUGAAGAAUGUGCUCACGGAUUAUUGGAAGCGCUGGAAACGAAACUUUCCCAUGCAAGUCAGCAACCUCCUGAUGAGCGGGCUUCGGCAAUAUCGCCACAAGAGAAGCCUGUUCGUCGAGCUGUUAGGAAGAAGUCUUCGGCUGCACACGUUGAACAAUCAUUAGCAGGCCAAGCGGCAGCUUCCUCUGCAAGUGGUGCUCGAAGUGGAAAUCCUUUCGCUGGAACCGAGGAAGACCGCUUCGUCAGCUACGAUGUCACGUACAAAUACAAAUUGGCAGACGUGCGUACGCGCAGAUACGCCAGUUUCCAUUCUGCGCAGAAUUUGGGCAAAGCCUGGCAAACAAUUGCUUUGGAUCAAACGGUAGACCUGGACAUCGAGAACUGCUCCUUCACGUUGCUGUUACAGAUUUUAGACAAAUUGAAACCCAACCACGAGUGCUGGUCAGCAGUCAGGGAGACAUUGUCCCUUUGUUCGUCAGAAAGAAACAAAGUCAUUGAAGAAAAGCUGAAGCUGCCGUUGUCAGAAGGAAAGCAUCUUUUACAGAAAGUAUUCAACGGAGGCACACCUCCGGAAGAACUUGCCAAGAAUUUGUUCAUCGAGGACCUACAGCGAGCAAGUCUUUUCUGCCGCUGGGUCGCUGCAACGAUGCUGAAGAACACUGCUUGGCGUGACUUGCUGCAAAUGAAAGACAGACCAGACAUGUCGGUGUUGACAUACUUUUGGAACAUCGCGGAAGAUCUGGCUGUUGAGUCCUGGAUCCGGAAGGUGGAACCGCUGCAGAGCAAGCACAUGUCAUUGCAUUUCGAUGGCAUCAGGGUGGAUCGCGACAUCGCGCAGCCAGAUGUAGAAACUUUCUGCAGGAGUUGCAGCGACACGAUUUUCAAGGACACUGGCCUGGCUGUUCGUAUUCGUAUGAAACAGCACUAUACCUGCCAUGCCCUGUUGCAGCAGCUGGAGAACAGAAAACCAGUCGAGUGUCCUGAAUGUCUUCGCGCAGCGGGCAACGAAGUACGUGUGACUGACCUGACUGUCAGCUACACUUUUUCCGUUGUGGAUUUGGCACGCAUGCUAUCGGAAGCAACGGAUCGCAAAUACAUGAUCUUCUUUCACCUGAACCAGAAACCUGAGGAUCUUGACAGAGAUGCACAGGACAGCGAGUAUGACCUUCUGAUGGAAACUCUAGCAGGCGGAGACUCCGACGAUGAGUUCGUUCAGGACCUAGCUUUGCCUAUUGUGGAGGAGAAGGAGCAAGAUGAAGACAUGUUGGAGGAUGACGAGAGCGUAACGAGAGUGGGUGACAGACUUCUAGGAUUUCUUCGUGACGAAGUUGCUGCUUUUCUGAACAAGAAACCUGCGCAAGUUGCUGAUGAGGUUCGAAAGAAUGGGAAGGCAUGGUGUCCCUUUUGUCCGCUUCGGUGCUGGGACAAGACUCGACACGGUCGUGUUACGGCACAUGUGCGAGAAUACCAUUCGGCAAGGAAGCAAUUCGUGGCCAGUGGCACGAAGCAACUGAAGGUUAUCAUCGCACUCCACGACGAUGAUCAGUGUCGGCGGCAGCCUGCCGGAAAUUACUUGCGCCGCAGUGCUACUCUGCUGUCCCAAUCCCUGGAUGAUACAAUUUCGACGCAGCACGUGCUCCUGGACAAGAAGAUAAGACUUGUUUUGACGCAGGUCUAUGCUCUUCAUGCUCGACUGUUGGCAAUCUUUCCGGGUGCGACAAGCAGCCUUUUGCCGCGCCACGCAAAUCACUGGUGGCCAAUGAUCGAAGACAUCUUCCUGUCGGACCGCGUCCGCAGCUUCGAACGGAAGCUCGAAACCGAGCUGGUGCAGCAUCAAGAAUUCGAAGUCAUCAGCAUGGAUGCGACACUACGUUGCUGCUUGCCCGUUAUGGGACAGGCACAUCCGCGAGCAAGCAGAGAAGUGAAAUCACAAGCAGUGUUUCAUGGAGACAGCGCGCUGACUCGAGUAGUUACAUGCAGAGGGCGCACCAAUGCAGUGCUCAUGUUGGCUGCGACCACGACGGAUGAAACAGAUAUCUUGGUGAAGGCUAUGGCCGAGAAAUUACCAACAGCUGGGCUUCAACAAGUGCGAUGCAUGAGUGUGGACAAUCCUUCCGCCAAAUUGUGGAAAGGCUUGCGUUGCAUUUGCCCAAACCUGCAGAUUCUGUGCCUCGACCCUGUACAUCUCGCGAUGACAUGCGAGUAUGCAUCUAGUCGGAAGCGUACGGCAAUGUCAAGGACCUUGCGUGCAAUAUUGCAGAAGUUAUCUGUGCACAGCUCACACUGCACCGAAAACACGUGGGGCACUUUUUUCCGAGGCGAGAACUGCAAGCCUCUAACACAUGCGGAGGAAAGGGCUCGUUUACAAAUUGAGGAUCGCAGCAUGCCGCUAAGGAAAGCUGCAGCUAUCCUCGACAAUUUGAAUGCGUCCGUUCCCUUUUUCGAACGGUCUGAGUGGUCCCUGUCGCUGGCUGCUUUGGCAGCUGUGUAUCGGCAAGACAUGGACCGUGUGGUGCCGGGCCCGAACCGGAAGGUAUACCAACUUCUUCAUUCGGCUGCCGCAGCAGCACGAACGGAGUGGUAUUUUAACAACCUUCGUGCUCGACACAUGAUUGCUACCAGCAGAUUGAGUCUGCUCCCUGUCGGCACAACAUCGAAUGAAUCACUACAUCACGAAAUCAACAAUUUUUUCAGAGAAACACAAAAAAUCCACAAGACGACCUUGUCGCUGAAGCUCAAGAUUCUACAGCUUUCCAAACAAAUGACACACAAUGCUGCGCUGUACCACGAAACUACUCGGCAGAUGGCCGAAGCAGAAGUUCUAGCUCGCACAUCGUCCAGAGAGAUGUGGAGCUCAGAGCAGUGGCAAGCAUGGUGCGACGAGCUCCAGGAUGACGCUCGGAUCAAGAAGGCGUCUUUGAAAUUGCAUCCCCAGAGAGAGGACGAGCGUGCCACGGUUCGAGCAGGGGUUCUGAAGAGACCGGCAGUUAAUGUAGCUGAUGCUUCACCAAAGAGACGGCGAACGCCGCACACUUUGGAACGGCAGGAUGGCCUUCGUCGUGCAGGUGUUCGCGGCCGAACACCGGCUACGUAA